CAGGUCCCAUCUGACACCGCACUCAGCCAGGCGCCGGCCUCGUGGGUGCGUAAUGAAGGCAGGCGGCGUGGGUACCCACCACCGGAGCCUGAGCCACCGGGCCGGGGCAGCGCCUCCCGUGUAGGCACCGCACCGUUCCCGGCCCGAGCACGCUGUGCCCUCAGCUCGCUUUCGGCCACGUGACUGUGCGCACGUGUUCCGGCCUCCGAGAGCCUCGGUCUGGAGCCACCUCCGCACGGCGGGAGGGCGGAUGAGCAUCUAGAGGCAGUGCAACCUUCGCCAUGAACCCCAGGGGCCUGUUCCAGGACUUCAACCCCAGUAAGUUCCUCAUCUAUGCCUGCUUGUUGCUGUUCUCCGUGUUGCUGCCCCUGCGCCUGGACGGCAUCAUCCAGUGGAGCUACUGGGCGGUCUUCGCCCCGAUCUGGCUAUGGAAGCUCCUGGUCAUCGUGGGCGCCUCGGUGGGUGCAGGCGUGUGGGCUCGAAACCCUCGCUACCGUACCGAAGGGGAAGCAUGCGUGGAGUUCAAAGCCAUGCUGAUCGCCGUGGGCAUCCACCUGCUGCUGCUCAUGUUUGAGAUACUGGUCUGCGACAGGGUGGAGAGGGGCACUCACUUCUGGCUGCUGGUCUUCAUGCCUCUCUUCUUCGUUUCCCCCGUGUCCGUGGCCGCCUGUGUCUGGGGCUUCCGACAUGACAGGUCCUUGGAACUGGAGAUCCUGUGCUCUGUGAACAUCCUGCAGUUCAUCUUCAUCGCCCUGAGGCUGGACAGGAUUAUCCACUGGCCGUGGCUGGUGGUGUUCGUGCCCCUGUGGAUCCUCAUGGCGUUCCUCUGCCUGGUGGUUCUCUAUUACAUCGUGUGGUCCCUCCUGUUCCUGCGGUCCCUGGAUGUGGUUGCUGAGCAGCGAAGAACACACGUGACCAUGGCCAUCAGCUGGAUCACGAUCGUUGUACCCUUGCUGACCUUUGAGGUCCUGCUAGUUCACAGACUGGAUGACCACAACAUGUUCUCCUACGUUUCCAUAUUCAUCCCCCUGUGGCUCUCCUUACUGACUCUGAUGGCCACGACGUUUAGGCGGAAAGGGGGCAAUCAUUGGUGGUUUGGUAUCCGCAGGGAUUUCUGUCAGUUUCUCCUUGAAGUUUUCCCAUUUUUACGAGAAUAUGGGAAUAUCUCUUACGAUCUCCAUCACGAAGACAAUGAAGAUACCGAAGACGCAUCGGGGCCAGACGCUCCGAAAAUUGCCCCAAUGUUCGGAAAGAAGGCCCGGGUGGUUAUAACACAGAGCCCUGGGAAAUACGUUCCUCCACCUCCCAAGUUAAACAUCGACAUGCCUGACUAAACUCACAGGCUGGGCCUUUUAAGUGAAACAGAAACCAUUCACCCAUGAGUUCCACUUUGCUUUUCUGUGUCCAUCCAGCCGUGGAAUUGGAACGGAGCCCUCCUUGCUUUACACCCUCUGUGAGAUGGAAGCCUCUUGCAGCCGUCAGUGUGUACGGAGGGAGGAGGCCGUGUUCUUCAGUGUGUCCAUGCUGUGCGAGAGGUGUCUUACAAACUAGCCAAAGGCGGUCCAUUGAAUCGUUUCUAGGCCUUCGAAAGACCUGAAAACUACGUAGCUGUUUGUUUUUAAGUGCUACUUAUGCCUACAGAAAGUAUUGUUUAAAAAGUAUUUU